AUGGUGGAAGAAAUGCAUCCUUCAAGCAGCCGCUGCCGUCAACAUGGGUCACCGACAAGACCGACAAGCCUGCCAAGAACAACAAGAACAACAGUGGCAACUGCGAGAACAGCGCCCAGCGAUGAUGAGGGCGAACAGCAACAGCAGCAGCAGCAGCAGCAGCAGCAGCAGCAGCUGGGAGAGGAGGAGUUCCUGCUACUCCCAUCAUCAUCACCCGCACAGACAGCGAACCACGGCGUGAUUCCAAAUACAAGCGUGCACACAACUGAACUGUGCAGUGCAGCCAUCUCACGUUCGCUAGCAGCAUGUGGUGGCUGUUGGCCAACACGCACCUUGGUGCUGACGCUGCGGGAGGAGAGCAGCAACUGCAACGUGGCUAUCCGAAGCUGGGACUGGACGAUUGACGCGCUGUCUCUGCUCCACGAGGGCAUGCACGUGUUUGUGCGCAGGUGGGAAGGACGGCAACGUAUUCUUCGCCACAUGCUUCGCCACAUGAUUCGCCACGUGAUUCGCCGCAUGAUCCGCUAUUCUUCCUGCACCACGCGAUUGUCGACAAGCAGCUGUGGUACGACUGGCAGGGCAGAGCCCCGCCGUGCAACGAGACGGCCUGCGGCGGCACGCCUGGGACGGGAGGGAUACUGCGUGAACACGGCGUGGGUGUGCGUGAUGUGGAUGAGCGCAUCCAGAACAGGACGCAUCAACCGGCCACUGCAGCCGCUGGCAACAUGGUGGAGGAACAGCAACUGCAUGCGGCGUGGCAAUGCACGAACGAUGCCGCGUCAGGACAGACGAACCGCAACGAGUACGUGCGUGGUUGCAGUCGGUUUUGCUGCGGGAUACAUGAGCCUGUGCUUUGAUGCUGGAGAGUACAUGCAAGCGAACUGA